GGGGCGAGGGAGUCUUGUCACAGGCAGUAGAAGGGAGGCGAUAGGGAAGACUCGGGCACAUUUGCUGCAUGUAGCACGGAGGAGACGAGAGUGGAGUUGAAAGAGCUAUUUUGAAGGCGUGACAGCGCUUGGACUAUGUCCCAUUGCUGUACUAACCUCCUGUGGGAUGUACGAAAACGUGCACUUGGAUUGGAUGAACCUAGUAAUGUCCGUAUCAACUAUUUGGGACGAAGAGAAUUUGUUCAAAAACUUAAAUUGGAAAAAACUUUGAAUGUGCAUCAUGGCUGUGUCAAUUCUAUUUGUUGGAAUAGUACGGGGGAAUACAUACUGUCUGGGUCAGAUGACACAACUUUGGUGAUUAGUAACCCUUUCAAUAAAAAGGUCUUGACGAGAAUCCGCUCAGGUCACAGAGCCAAUAUUUUUAGUGCAAAGUUCCUGCCACUUACCAAUGAUAAGCACAUCAUUUCGUGUUCUGGAGAUGGAGUCAUUUACUUCACAGACAUUGAAAAAGAUACAGAGACAAACAGACAGUGCCAAUUUACAUGCCAUUAUGGAACAGCAUAUGAGAUUAAUACUGUGCCCAAUGAUCCCUACACAUUUCUGUCAUGUGGUGAAGAUGGCACUGUGCGGUGGUUUGAUGUCCGAGCCAAGACCAGCUGUACAAAAGAGGACUGUAAAGAUGAUGUUUUAGUUAACUGCAGACGUGCUGCUACCUCAAUAGCCAUUUGCCCUUCAGCUCCAUUUUACCUUGCAGUUGGAUGCUCCGAUAGUUCAGUGAGAAUCUAUGAUCGCCGAAGUCUAGGAACAGGAGCUGCAAGCAAUUAUUCAAAUCGUGGAACUACAGGAAUGUGUGUACGGUUUGUCCCCUCACACCUUGUAAACAAAUCCUGCCGUGUUACCUCUUUGUGCUACAGUGAAGAUGGGCAAGAACUCCUUGUGAGCUACUCAUCAGACUAUAUAUAUUUGUUUGACCCAAAAGAUGACCAAGCAAAAGAGCUCAAGUUUUCUUCAACUAAUCAAAGGCAAGACGAAGUUCGACAACCACCUCUUAAACGUCUUAGGUUACGAGGCGAUUGGUCAGAUACAGGGCCAAGAUCGAGGCCAGAAAGUGAACGAGAAAGAGAUGGUGACAAUGCCACCAACGCGUCACUCAUGCAAAGAAUGUCUGAUAUGCUUUCAAGAUGGUUUGAAGAAGCAAGUGAGGUUGCUCAAAGCAACAGGAGAAGAGGAAGGCCUCCAAAUAGAGGGGAGCCACAACCAGACACAUCAGCUUCAACCACUUCUAACCCGACAGAAUCCCAGGCUGCGGAAGCUGAAGUGAGUUCAGAGACACCUUCUGAUCAGAAUGCACCUUCUAAUACAGAUGUUGGAGAAAGCCAUACCUUGUCAUCCCCGGAUGAGGCAGCCCAUCAGCAGAGUGCUUCUACAUCAGAGAGUUCUAUGUUACCUAUAGAGAGUGGAAAACGAAGACCAGAAAGUGAGACAAGUGAACCAGUGCUGCAGUUGCAUUACAGUACAGAAGGAACUACUACAAGUACGAUAAGACUGGAUUUCACAGAUGAAUGGAGCAACACUGCCUCGAGUUCAGUAGCUGUAAAAGUGGGACCGUCAGAUGGCGCUGCUACACCUGAACCCAGUUUGCCAAGUGAAAUGGAAGUCACUUCUGUGUCUGCUGAGCAAAAUGUAGAGACGCUUCCUGACAACAUGCAAACAGAUCCAGGUAGCACAAAAAUUAGUUCUGAACAACCAAAUGCAAGCUCAAGCAUGGAUGAGCAACCUGAAACGUCUAAAACUGCAGCCCAGUCUGACAUGUCCGAAAGCUCCAGCCAUCGGGAAACUGACAGCGAUGAUAACACAGUUCGAUUGCCUCCUAGAGCUCAGACUCAAAACAGAUUUAAUAUUGGAAGUCCAUCACUAAGUGAUAGGUUAACAAGGAGAUCUGCAGCAGCUCGUAUCCAAGAGCUGUUUAGAAGAAGGAAAGAGAGAAAGGAACUGGAAGAAAUGGAUAUGCAAAAUGUUCGACAACCUUCUUCAAAAAUUGUGUUCAAGGGGCACCGGAAUUCCCGGACUAUGAUCAAAGAGUCGUGCUUCUGGGGUAAAAAUUUUGUGAUAAGUGGGUCCGACUGUGGUCACAUCUUCAUCUGGGAUCGACACACAGCUGAGCACCUAAUGCUCUUAGAAGCAGACAACCACGUGGUUAAUUGUGUUCAGCCACAUCCCUAUGACCCAAUUUUAGCAUCGUCUGGAAUAGACUACAAUGUUAAGGUAUGGUCACCUCUUGAAGAAGACAAAUCCUUCAACUGGGCACUUGCUGAAGAGAUUAUGUCAAGGAAUGAAUUAAUGUUGGAAGAAACACGAAACACCAUCACAGUGCCUGCCUCUUUUAUGCUACGAAUGUUGGCAUCGCUAAAUCAUAUCAGAGCAGAUCGAUCUGAACAAAGUGCAGAAGGUCCCGAAAAUUCAAAUGAAGACGAGUGAUGCAAUCCAGUGUAUAUGAAUGUGCUGUAACUUGUAUAUUGUACUGUAUUUACAUAUGACAAAAGGCCUCAAUAAUAUUUUGGUUUAGAAUAAUGUUUAUUGUUGAGUAUGGAUUACGAAAAAUGUAAAGCAUUGUAAGUUAUUUCACAGUUGUGAACAAAUGCAAUGGUGACUCCUGUUGUGUGCUACAGUUGGAAGGAAAUCCUAUUUACUAAUUUAUAAAGCAAAAAACCUUUGUAAGAAUAUAAGUUAAUAGCUAAUGGGUUGUAUGAUGUAUGAUUAAACGUUUGUGUUGUACAAGCACAUGGUAGGUUGGAAAACAAAUCUGAAAGUGUAUUUUAUAUGCUAAGGGCAGUGUGUGGUUUAUGUUUUCAUAAGUACCAAAUGUAUGCAGCUUUCCUUCAAAAA